CGGCGAUUUUGGAUUUCUCAAUUUUGUGCUGAAAAUUCAUUAAUUAAAGGAAAAAGUGCACAAAAUGAACUUUUCAGUUCGAAGUAAUUCUGGCAUUGAUGUUUGGGAAAUUAAAAAUAAAGAUUCCCAAAGUGCAUCUGGACGAGUCUUUAAACCAUUCUUUAAAGAAUCUAAAGGUGCAAGAGCUUUUGCUUACAGUUCAUCAAGUUUUGUGUAUGGCAGUAAUACAGAAGUUAAAGUAUUCAAUCUGAACUAUGAAUUACAGUACACGAUUCCUAGAUCUCGGUCUCAUGUCAUCAAGUUUUCACCAAAAGGAACAUUCCUGAUUGUUUAUGAGAUUUUUGUAAGCACAAAAGAGAGUCCAAAUAGUCCAAAUUUGUUUUUCUACGAAGCAGAAACUGGAAAGGAACUCAUAAGUUUUGCUAUGAAAAAGCACUCUGAAUGGGAACCACAUAUUUCCAACGAUGAAUCUGUUCUUGCCAUAAUGCUUGCUGGUGAUGUUCAUUUUUAUGAAAUUGCUAAUGGAACUUUCACAAAAUCAUCUCAAAAAUUGAGUGGUAAGGUUGGAAGCUUUUCAUUAUCACCGGGACUUAGCACACAUGUUGCUUUAUAUUUGCAAAGUGCUAAAGGAAGUCCAAGCAUGGCAAGAUUAUUUAAAUAUCCAAAUCUUGAUCUUCCGAUUGCAUCGAAAAGUUUUUCGAAAGCCGACAAAGUAGAAAUCUUUUUUAACAAAAAGGGAAACGGAUGCUUAAUUAUGACAUCAAAUGACGUUGACAGUACUGGUGCUUCGUACUAUGGAAAACAAGCAUUGCAUUUCUUAGCCACUAACGGCGAUUCUUUCAGCGUUCCUUUAAAAGCAGAAGGACCAAUGCACAAUGUAGCUUGGAGCCCAAAAUCGAAUCAAUUUAUUGUUGUCUACGGUUAUGAACCAGCUCACGCAACAUUGUUUAAUAUGAAAUGUGAUGUUGUUUUUGAUUUUGGCACAGGCAUUAGAAAUUGUGUCUAUUGGAAUGAUUUUGGGAACUUAGUUCUCUUUGGAGCUUUUGGAAACUUACGUGGAGAUAUUGAAGUCUGGGAUGUAAAUAAGAAAGUUCAAGUAUCAAGCAGCUUAGCGACUGAUACAACCUUACUUGAAUGGGCUCCGUCGGGCGAUUUAUAUUUGACAGCUACGACUACUCCACGAUUAAGACAAGCCAAUGGAUUUAAGAUUUGGCAUUAUAGCGGAGCUUUACUCUAUGAGCUAAUGUGGCCUGAUAAACAAGAAUUGUAUGAGCUUACAUGGCAAAAAUAUAAUGAAGGAUUUUGGAAAGAACCGAUAAUUAGUGCUAAGAAAGUUGAAGGCAUUCAGUCAAGUCAACCACAAGCAAGUGCUAAAAAGUACGUUCCACCAAAUAUAAGACUUCUUGGAGAAGAGGCUGCUAACAGUUCUAUUCAGCCACCACCACAAGGACCUAUUCCAGGCUUGCCUCCAGGAUAUACUUCAGCAAAACAAUCGAAGAAGCCUUCCAAUAAACCAAGGAAUAAACCAGCACAAGCAUCACAGCCAAAUGAAGGAUCUCCACAAAAACCUUCAUCACAGCCAAAACAGCAACAAAAACCGAGGCCACAAUCAAAUCAGGUUCAAGCCACAGGCGAUAAGGAAGUAAGUGACAAGCCUCAAAUUAAUUAUGAAGAUAAAAAGAAAGUUUCAGCUAUUCGAAAGAAGUUGAAGGACAUAAAAAUUCUACAAGAAAAGCAAGAAAAAGGUGAAAAAUUGGAUAAAAAUCAAUUAAAGAAAGUGGAAUCUAAAGGAGAUUUGAUUAAAGAGUUGGCAGCCUUGAAAUUAUCUUAAAAACCGGAGAAUCCUUAAUAACAUUGCAAGUUUUUUAUACACACAAAAGUUGAGAACAUCAUAUAUAAUAAUAAAAAGUAUCAAAAACUUUAAA